AUACCAUCGUGAUCGAAGUGAAAGGAGAGAUAUUUAAAUAAUACUGUGUCCUAACUUUUCCUGGAAACUUGUGCAUUAAAGAAAAGGAUCCGAAGAUGUCCUCGGUGAAAACGAUGAAACAAAUUGAAAGAGGAACGAGAUUACUCCUGAGUAGUCUAAAAUCAAACUGUUCUCUACAUAAUGGAUGUCGAACAAAACUGUGUCAGUUUAAGCCAAACAACAGUAGAUAUUUCAGUUCAUCUGCAGUUUUACAAAAAGUAUAUUCUUCCAAUAUUGGAGACAUUCAGCUAGAUCAGAAACCAUUGGGGCAGUUCAUGUUGGAGAAAUUCGAAAAAUUCGGCGAUCGAGUAGCACUGGUGGAUUUUCCAACGGACCGAAAAUAUACGUACAGUCAGCUAAGGGGGUGUAUAGUGAAAGUCGCCAGCGCCUUGACAAGGUUGGGAUAUAAGAAAGGUGACGUCAUAUCCAUCCACAGUGUUAAUAUUCCAGAAUUCACUAUCCUACUUCUGGCUGCUGCUUCAGCAGGGAUAAUUGUUACAACUUCAAACCCAGCAUACACAGCAGGUGAGCUUUCCCGGCAGCUGGUACACGCCAAUGCAAAGGCAGUAUUUACUAUUCCACAGCUUGUCCCAGUCGUCAAGGACGCUAUUGAAGGUUCCGAUUCCCUGCAAUCACUUAAAAACAGCAUCACCGUGUUUGGGGAGAGUGAGGGAUGUAGGCCAUUUGCUUCUCUGAUGCAAGAUGAUGGAAAAGCUUUCCUAGAAAAUAUUGCCAUUGAUCCCCUGGAGGAUGUGUGUGUCCUCCCUUACUCUAGUGGGACCACAGGUCUUCCCAAAGGAGUCAUGUUAACCCAUAAUAAUAUUGUUGCCAACUUGCAACAGUUCAGACAAAUUCUGAAUGUGAGCGAGAAUGACACUGCCCUGGGUAUUCUACCUUUCUUUCACAUUUAUGGAAUGUGUCCAGUGAUGAUGGGGGUCCUGGUAGAUGGAGGAAAAUUAGUGACCUUGCCAAAGUUUGACCCAGAACAGUUUCUCAAGGCUUUAGAGGCACAGAAGGUAACACAGCUUCAUAUCGUACCUCCUAUUGUGUUGUUCCUGGGAAAACACCCGAUGGUUUCCAAGUUUGACCUUAGUAACCUGAAUACUAUGACAUCAGGAGCAGCACCUUUGGGUGAAGGACUUACAAACGAGGUCAUGAAAAGACUUAAUGCUGUAAUCAGACAAGGGUAUGGAUUGACGGAGACCAGCCCUGUCACUCAUCUUGAUGUCAUCCCUCCAAACCCAGGGACGAUAGGCUGCGUCAUCCCAAACACACAAUGCAGGGUAGUGAAUCCAGAAACUGAUGAGGAUGUGGCAGAAGGAGAGGUGGGAGAAAUUUGUGUGAGGGGACCUCAAGUAAUGAAGGGGUACCUCAACAACCAGAAAGCCACAGAUGACAUGAUCAAGGAUGGCUGGCUACAUACAGGAGAUAUAGGACAUUAUGUGAAGGAGAAAGGUGUGUUUGUGAUAACAGAUAGACUCAAGGAACUUAUAAAAUAUAAAGGAAACCAGGUGGCCCCAGCAGAACUUGAGGACCUGUUGUUACGACAUCCGGCCGUACAAGAUGUCGCUGUAAUUGGACUUCCAGAUGAAGAUGGAGGAGAGGUUCCUAUGGCUUAUGUUGUCAAGAAACCAAACCAAGAGGUGUCAGCUCACGAUAUUGCUGCCUUUGUUGAAGGCAAUGUUGCACCAUACAAAAAACUGCGAGGAGGAGUGGAAUUUAUCAACGAAAUCCCUAAGUCCCCAAGUGGAAAAAUUCUAAGGAGGAUUCUCAAAGAAUCCCUCCCAAAACCAUCUUGAGAGGAUAUUGUGGAUUUUAGCAUGAAGUUGUGAAUCUUAGCAUAUUGUAAAGUGACAUGGUCAUUAAACGAGAUGUCCCAGCUGUGAUAAACAUAUUUUACUGCAGCAUACCCUGGUUUUAUAUUAAUUCAUAUUUUUUACUUCAUUUUUUUUUUAAAGAAAAGAUUGAUACCAAUCUGAUUGCACAUAUAGUUUAGCAAUUUUACUUAUCAUCCUAGAGGAUAAAUUAUGGGAACAAUGGUCUUUUUACUUGUUUUGCUAAUAAAAAAUAUACAUGUAUAUAUUAUGGCCAAUAUACUGCAUUGUUCAUCGA